GGUACACGAUGAUUGUCGAGGUUCUUGUCACUUUGUUUCUCGUUUGGUUCAUCUGGUUCUUCGUCGAUGCCUACAUGAAGAGAAAGAACAUGCCUCCCGGACCAUUUCCUUAUCCCUUCCUUGGAAACAUUCCUCAAAUCAUGUCUGCAGAUCCUGUCAGACCAUUUUCUAAACUAGCUGAGACAUAUGGAGACAUGUAUACACUUACCUUUCCACAAGGCAUGACUGUUAUCUUGAAUACAGCAACGCUAGUGCGCGAAGCAAGACUUGCCCCGGGGAAACAAGAAGAUCUUAUGGGUAAAACACCGGAUUCAAUUUAUCCUUUUACGGAGAUAAUGGGUGACAAUUUAACCACAUGUGAUUACUCACCCGCACAUACGUUUAAGAGGAAAGUGUUUGUAUCAGCAAUGCAUACGUUUGGCGCUGGGUUAGAGCAAGCCGCGGUUCGUGCUGGUCACGCUGUUAACCUCGCGAUGAACGAAAUCGAAAAGAAACCAGACAGACAUUUUUCACCUAAAUCUAUCCUCGAAUCCUGCUUCGUUGUACAGCUUUGGGAAUGGCUGACAUCGGAACAGAUAUCGUUGAGCGACCCAGUUGUGAAGGACAUGAACGAACUCGGUGAGAUUUUGAGCAGGUGUGCUGUACUUGUUACAGUUUAUCAGUUAUUACCGUUCCUACGUUACCUACCAACGUCAGCUAAUCGAGAUAUAAAGCGUGCGGAAGAGAUUAGAGAGAAGGUUUUCCCCCCAAGUUAUCGAGCCAUCCAGAACAGCUAUACUGCAGGCACCGCACGACAUCUCACAGAUAGCUUCAUCAGUGCUUAUCAAAAAGAGCUUGCCAAAGAGAUUAGGAAAGAUAUUGGCACGAAAGAUACUGCUAUUCCUGGCUUGAUGAUGAAUGUGGUUGUUGUCGGGUCUGAAACUACCUCGACAUGGCUAACUUGGUUUUUUCUAUAUAUGGUCUUAUUUCCCAAAGUGCAAAGAAAAAUACACGAGGAAUUGGACGAAGUCGUGGGACGUGAUCGUGUACCGAACAGGCAAGACGCAGAAAACUUGCCGUACCUUCAAGCUGCCUUAUGUGAAGUUGGAAGGAUAUGCCGUAUGGUUGAAGUGGUCGGGACAAAUGCAAUUCGUGACACGAGUAUCGCUGGUUACCACAUUCCUAAAGGAACAUUUGUUGGCUUGAAUAUUCAAAAGGUGCACGAGAAUGAACGAGAUUGGCCAGAACCGAGAAAAUUUAAACCUGAACGAUUUCUGGAUGAGGAUGGAAAAUUCGUUGGCUGGACCAAGAAAAACGCUUUCCUGCCGUUUGGCAUUGGUCGUAGAGAAUGUCCAGGCCAACCAUUGGCAAGGGUCUCGAUGUAUUCGUUUGCUUCGGCAUUAUUACAUCGUUACGAGUUUGAUUUGCCAGAAGGAGCAGAGAUGCCAAGUAUCAAAGUGUCCAUCCCACAAGUCGUCGCUCGACCAGAUGAUUAUUUAGUUGUUGCAAAGCCGCGAGAGUUGAAUGUAGAAUUUUGAAGGUAAAACUAUGACGUAGAGCUCAAAACUUGGACUGGAUAGUGUAUCUGCGUGAGUGAAGCCAUUGUCAAUGGGGUGGCCAUAUUUGAGCGACCCAAUUAUUGUUUGAAUGCACUAUCCAGUCUCAUUUAUUUGAGACCUGGGUCAUAUGAGUCCAGCUGGACAGAAAUUUAUCAUUAUUAUUGACAUAAUCAUUAAUAAAUAUAUUCAAUAUUCUAUUUGCAUAAGACGAUAAAAAUUUAUAUUAUGUAUGGAAACAAGUAUUGGAAGUGAUUUGAAAUAGUGACAAGGGAGCAUCCUGAAACCAUAUGUUUUUUAAGGAGAUGUCUCCUGAAGCAUAAAAAGAUAUGAACGUUCGCAUUUACGUGGACAAUGUUCAUCCUGAGAGGUGGAUGUGGCGAUAAAUUUGUUGCUCAACAUUUCUUUCCUCAAUCAGUUUAAAGUCUCGGCAUUUCAAACAGUAUUGCCACUUUUAGUGUUAAUGAUGCACACACCCACUGUCAGGUGGGACUAGUGCAAUUUUAGUCCACAUUUUGUUCCCUUACCUUAACAAUGAACACUUUAUUCGGGGCUAUUUUUGUAUUAGUUCCUCACUCUCUUUUUGCAAAUUAGUAGUAAAUGGAAAAGUUGUCUUCAGUCAAUGAUUCAAUAGUUUGUAAACAACAAAAUAUUUGUUAUAUAUCAUUCUCAUAUUUCAUAAAGUUUGGUUCAAAUAAAAGAUUUUCAGAUUAACA